UCAUUGCUGGACUGAACGUGAUGAGAAUCGUCAACGAACCGACGGCUGCUGCUUUGGCUUAUGGACUGGACAAGAAACUCAAAGGAGAACAAAAUGUGCUGAUUUUUGAUCUUGGUGGAGGGACUKUUGAUGUGUCUAUUCURUGCAUCGAUGAAGGGUCGCUGUUYGAAGUCAAGUCGACAGCCGGCAACACGCAUCUUGGAGGCGAGGACUUUGACAACAGAAUGGUUGAACAUUUUGUGAAAGAGUUUCAGAGAAAGUACAAAAAAGACAUCAAGUGCAACCAAAGAUCGAUGCGAAGAUUAAAAACAGAAUGUGAACGAGCCAAGAGAACUCUGUCGUCAAGCAGCGAGGCCAACAUCGAGAUUGAUUCACUCUACGAAGGAAUAGACUUCUACUCGAGAAUCAGCCGCGCAAAAUUCGAAGAGCUCUGUUCAGACCUUUUCCGUUCGUAUCUUGAACCAGUAGAAAAAGCUCUCCGCGAUGCCAAGCUUGGAAAGAAAGACAUUGACGAGGUGGUGCUUGUUGGAGGGUCCAGACUACGUAUUCCCAAGAUCCAGAAGUUAUUGCAAGAAUUCUUCAACGGUAAAAGUCUGAACAAAUCCAUCAACCCAGACGAGGCGGUAGCAUACGGUGCAGCCAUACAAGCAGCUAUCCUGUCUGGUGAUCAGAGCUCUGAAGUGAAGGAUGUACUUUUGGUUGAUGUCACUCCUCUUUCUCUUGGAAUCGAAACAGCUGGAGAAGUGAUGACCAAGUUAAUCGAGAGAAACACACGCAUCCCCACCAAGACAUCUCAAACGUUCACAACGUACUCAGACAACCAACCAGGAGUUUCCAUCCAAGUGUACGAAGGAGAAAGAGCCAUGACCAAACACAAUAAUCUUCUUGGAAGAUUCGAACUGGAUGGAAUUCCUCCUGCUCCUCGGGGCGUGCCGCAGAUUGAAGUCACCUUCGACAUCGAUGCUAACGGCAUCCUGAACGUGUCUGCUAAAGACAAGAGCACAGGUAAAUCGAGUUCCAUCACCAUCAAGAACGACAAAGGACGUUUGUCAAAUGAAGAGAUCGAAAGAAUGGUCCAUGAAGCUGAGAAAUACAAAAGUGAAGACGAUGCUCAGAGAAAAAGAGUACAGGCAAGAAACUUUGGUGUAUUUGUAAACAGCUUGGAGAAUUACGUCUAUCACGUGAAACAAUCAGUAGAGGACCCGGCUGUGUCCAGCAAGUUGUCCUCUGAGGAUCGUGAAAAUGCAAGUAAAGUCAAAGAGGUGUUCAGUUGGCUCGAUAGCAAUACUCUGGCAGAGAAAGAAGAAUUCGAACACAAAGAAAAAGAGCUCCAGAGAAUCUGUUCUCCCAUCAUGGCCAAACUACAUGGGCAAGGACAACAAAGCACCAACAACAGCGCGGGAGGACCGACUGUCGAGGAAGUAGAUUAAAAGACUUUAUUAUAAAUGUUAAAAGAAUAGCACAGAAAUAUUAAUGCGGCUCUUUUUGAGUCCGAAACGGUGUG